UGAUAUCAACUGUUCACAUCGCUAAUAUGCGAAAGUUUCGUGUUAUAUAUGGUGUCGUUUUAUAAAUAUUGUUUGCGAUUCGCAUUAAAUAACGCGAAUGCAGUGAUAUAAGUCAAAACAUUUGCUGUGGCAGAGUAACAAAAGAUAAAGUAAUGAUUAGAAUAGUUGCACUUAACGAAGAAUGCAAUGAAGAGCCCGAAGAUCAAAUUGUGGUUACAAAGGAAGCGCAGGAAGCAAUUGCAGAAGCCGAAUAUUUAAAGGCAAUAAACUUAAAAUGGAAGGGAGAUGUAAAGUCGGCACUUUCUUUGUUAAGUCAGCUGUUGGAAACUCAAGUGCUCAAUGAGCUUCUUGAGGAAGAUCCAAACGGAAAGUUACGUACAAUUCGAUACAAUUGUCAUAAAAAUAUUGCUUUCAUAUACGAGGAGAAAGAUGAGAAUGACCUGGCUUUGGAGCAUUACAUAAUGGCCACACAAUUAGAUGACACAGAUGUACACACCAUGCAUCGCUUUGGUCAACUGGCACUAAAGCUUAACGCAAUAGAGUUGGCCGAGUUCGCCUUUGAGCGUUGCCUACGUUGUAAUGCAAAACAUUGGAGUGCCGCUGAUGGAAUGUUACGCACGCUAUGUGAGAAUCAUAAUAUAAUCGGCGCAUAUGGCUACGCUUUGAAAUUAUACACCAGAGAUCCCACCUAUGAACGCGCUGCCAAAAUUUUAUACGAAAUAUCUGAUACUUUUAAAUCAUCUAUGCCGCUUUGUGAAGAUAUGUAUGGACCAAUACCGAAGAGUUUGAAACCCCGCUCUACGUGGACAAAAGAGAGCGCUUUCCCGCGUAACUACCGCAACGAUGAUUCAAAAACGGAUACCACAAAUUUUACACUGCCUGAUGAAAUUGUGCAAAAGAUCUGUGUUAAAGAAUUAAAUUGGGUCACUGUAGGACAGUAUAUAGUGGCUUUAUAUCAGUAUAUGCAAGAAAAUGGCAGAAUAUUAAUUAAGUUAUUAAGUUUAAAAGAUAUAUUGGCUGAUAGCAAUAAUACGUGUAAAAUCGAAAAUGUUACACAGCCAGAGAGUUGUGUACAAACCGAAAUAAGCGCUGCAUCCAGUAGUAAUUCCAAUGAUAACAUGGAAGUAGUACCAGAUACAGAGUUGAGUAGCACUAAUAUAACGAAUGUGGCUCCAGCAGAGUCCAACGUUAACAAUACACCACCAACAAGUGAUGCAGAGCAAACGAAGAAAGUAUCGGAAAAUUCACCAGACGAAGCGGAUAGUUAUGAGAAAUCUUCUAACAAUUCCGAAUCUAAUAAGCCCAAACCACGUAGACGCUGCAGUGAUUUACAUUUUCUAGAGCAAUGGGGUUGGCACAAAAAUCGACGUUAUAAUUCACGAAAAAAAGUCACAACAGAUCGUGUCGAAGUGGAUACUUCGUUAAAGGGCAUACUAAGAAAGAUUUUCGCCAAAUAUGCGAGUGUUAACUUGGAUGCAGAGUGGCCUUUUGGUACUGUUAACAACAAUGAAAAAAUUAGCGAGGAAAAAUGCAAAACUUGCAGUGAAAUAAUGUCAAAUGAGACGUUUCAGGAAAUAACGCGUGAAGCUUUUAAUGAGUUUAUUGCGAAAAUUGAG